AUGUCAAAAAAUAUUAAUAACACAACUGAUGGUAGUUAUGAAACUGAACAAUUACCAGUUAAACUUAAUUUUCUUGAUUGUAAUUGUCAAUGUUAUGGAGAAAAACAAAGAUUUCUACCUGAUGAAAAAUUCUAUCCAAAUAUGAUUCAACUACUUAUUAAACCACAUUAUGCACUUAGUUGUACAUGUCAAUGUGGAUUUGAUAAAAAACAAAUAAUAAAAUUUUCAACUGAUACCGGGAUUUUACGAUUUAAUCAAGUAAAUAAUAUGAAAAGUACAUUUUAA